AUGCGAGAUUCUUCUGCAUCGGCUGCUAUUCUGCACUCAUCCGGUGCGGGGCCGGAUGCUGGAGCAGUGAACGACGAUUCUGAUGGUGAACCGAAGGUGACUGCGAAUCGGCGACAGGUGACUACAAUACGACUUGGAAAGUGCACAUUGAACGAUCUGAAACAGUGUUUUAUUGUUGUAAUAGGCUCUGUCGGUCUUCUAUUCAUACUCGUAAUCACCACCGUGAUUCUUCUACGAAACUUCUUCAAUCGGUCAACUCAAACGUCAACUUUGAAUGCAGCACAAAUCUAUUUCAACGAACUACUUGAGCAAGUCAGAAGUGAACAGCACUGGACGGCUGUCGCCAACGAGAAUGCUUUUCAACGAAGACAGCUGAUCGAGAAUAAUGUGGAAAUACGUCGCGUAGAAAACUAUUCAGCAACUGCUUAUCAAGGUGAAUAUGAACGAAUCUAUUCGUCGACAUUCCAUCCUCGACAUAGUUAUGAACUGAUUAGUGCUUUGCUAAACAAAUUCCAUAUACCGCCAUCAGUUGCACAACAUUUCGAUGCACGUCAACAUUGGCCAUUGUGCCGAUCGUCAAUUGCAAAAGUCUACGAUCAAGGCGAUUGCUGGAAUUAUUGGCUUUUCGCAACUUUAUCCGCCAUUGAGGAUCGUAUUUGUAUCGCGUCGAAUGGUGAAGAAAAGAUGAAACUUUCAGCGUUUCACUUGCUAACGUGCUGUCAAGAGUGUGGAAGUUGUCGAGGUGGAAACCCCGAGGCGGUUUAUAUUUAUUGGGUUAAAUACGGUAUCACCACGGGUAUUUUUUACAUUCUCUCAUGA